AAGCAAUACGAAAUCUAUUUUAUCUCGUUUUCUUAUGUGGUCCCUCUCUUUUAUUAUACGCUAAAUAUCUUUAUAUAACUCUCAUAAGCUCGCUAUACUAUAUACUUGGUUGAAUCAGUGGUUUAUCAGUUGGUUAAGCAGUCUGAAAUGAGUCUACAAUUUGGCGCUGAGACCUCAACUGACCAUUUUGACACAAAGCCAGACGAAACCAAAAUGUUCUCACACGAAUUCCAGAUGUUACACGAGAAACGAUACGAAGAAGUGUCCCCUUCCUGUCUGUACUUCUUCAAGCGCAGCAACAAGUCCCUCUCCCCCGAGAUGAAGACAGCAGUGGACGAGUGUAUUCUAGAGUUGACCAAAGUGCAGCCGCAGAGUGUGUUGAGGAACAUGCGACUCACAAUUCAGCCAGAUUUGAACUCGGACGAGAGGGCCAUCAUAUCCUCGGGCAGCCAGACGAACAGACUGCUCGCAUUCAGGGCCCUCAGCGAAACAAAAGAGGACAAAGAGGUUAAUAAACUGGAGUUGGUGUGGUACCGAGAGGGACCAGAGACGAAAGAGGCCUCAGCAGUGACCAAAGUACUUCCAUACAUUCUCUUCACACUCUUCCUCCUCGGCAUCUACGGGUUCCUGCUUGAGUUCUUCAUCCUCCACGACUUCAAAGUACGAGCACAGGCCGAGGGGGUGCUGACUGUUCGAGCUUACACAGCCGACUUGCACCACGACAGACUGAACGAGUUCUACAAACUACCAAUGCAGAACUCCGAUGGGGGAAUAACCUACCCAUACAAGGGUGACUGAACAAUUAGAGACCAAAUGAAAUGAUUUAUGGUAUUUAUAAGAGAAUGGUUAUUUAUAUUAUUGAAAGUAAUAGAAUUUAGGUCAACUUUG